AUGGGGUCUGUUACAAACCAGGAGUUCUCAGGAGUUUGUAAAACCGAGGAGGAGGAAGGUCCGAGCACGGAGGAAGACUCGCAGUCCUUCCGCGGGGUCGGCGUGUGCAAGUGGUUCAACGUGCGCAUGGGCUUCGGCUUCCUGUCCAUGACCAGCCGGGAAGGUGAACCCCUCGACGAGCCGGUGGACGUGUUCGUUCAUCAGAGUAAACUGCACAUGGAAGGCUUUCGCAGCCUGAAGGAAGGCGAGGCCGUGGAGUUCACCUUCAAGAAGUCCUCAAAGGGCCUGGAGUCCCAGAGAGUCACGGGGCCGGGCGGGAUCCACUGCGUGGGCAGCGAGAGGAGACCGAAAGGCAAGAACGUCCAGAAGAGACGGUCCAAAGGUGACAGGUGCUACAACUGCGGAGGCCUGGACCACCACGCCAAAGAGUGCAAGCUGCCGCCCCAGCCCAAAAAGUGCCAUUUCUGCCAGAGUAUUGACCACAUGGUUGCCAACUGCCCGAUAAAAGCACAACAGUCCUCCUCGCCUGGCUCCCAGGGCAAACCCUCUCCUUCGAAAGGGGACGAGGAGGAGCACAGCCAUGUGGCGCCACCCACCGACACCUCAGAUUGA